AUGGAGGAAAAGGGAGCAGAGGAUGGGGAGGAGAGACAAGAAAUGGAGUGGAGGACUCUGAGCAAAGAACUGUGGGCAGAGGAAGUCGGGGUUAGGAUUGGGAGACAGACACUUUGCUGUGCUCAAAUCGAAGUCAAGGGUGCAAACAUGCAGAGUAAUAAAACCUUUAACUUGGAGAAGCAGAACCAUACUCCAAGGAAGCACCAUCAACAUCACCACCAGCAGCACCAGCAGCAGCAGCAGCAGCAGCAACCACCCCCACCAAUACCUGCAAAUGGACAGCAGGCCAGCAGCCAGAAUGAAGGUUUAACCAUUGACCUGAAGAACUUUAGAAAACCAGGAGAGAAGACUUUCACCCAACGAAGCCGUCUCUUUGUGAGCAAUCUUCCUCCUGACAUCACUGAGGAGGAAAUGAGGAAGCUUUUUGAGAAAUAUGGGAAAGCAGGCUAG